GGCAGGGAGCCGAGAGCAUGGGCAGCGAUCGGAGCGCGCCCGGCUGGACUGGCAGCCGGGAGGCGGGGACUCCGCCCCGGCUGCUGCCGCUGCUACUACUGCUUCUGGGCUGCCUGGGCCGUGGGGCUGCGGCCGAGGACGCAGAAGUCCAUGCCGAGAACUGGCUUCGUCUCUAUGGCUACCUGCCCCAGCCCAGCCGCCACAUGUCUACCAUGCGCUCUGCCCAGAUCCUGGCCUCUGCCCUCUCAGAGAUGCAGCGCUUCUAUGGGAUCCCCGUCACGGGUGUGCUCGAUGAAGAGACCAAGGCGUGGAUGAAGCGGCCCCGCUGUGGGGUGCCAGACCAGUUCGGGGUGCGCGUGAAAGCCAACCUGCGGCGGCGGAAGCGCUAUGCCCUCACCGGGAGGAAGUGGAGCAACUACCGCCUGACCUUCAGCAUCCAGAACUACACGGAGAAGCUGGGCUGGUACAAUUCGCUGGAGGCCGUGCGCAGGGCCUUCCGAGUGUGGGAGCAGGCCACACCUCUGACCUUCCAGGAGGUACCCUAUGACGACAUUCGGCUGCGGCGGCAGAAAGAGGCUGACAUCAUGGUACUCUUUGCCUCUGGCUUCCAUGGCGACAGCUCACCAUUUGAUGGCACAGGUGGCUUUCUGGCCCAUGCCUAUUUUCCCGGCCCUGGCCUGGGUGGGGACACCCAUUUCGAUGCAGAUGAGCCUUGGACCUUCUCCAGCACUGACCUGCAUGGGAACAGCCUUUUCUUGGUGGCAGUGCAUGAACUGGGCCACGCACUAGGGCUGGAGCACUCAAGCAACCCCAGUGCCAUCAUGGCACCAUUCUACCAGUGGAUGGACACCGACAACUUCCAGCUGCCUGAGGAUGACCUCCGGGGUAUCCAGCAGCUCUAUGGCUCCCCAGAUGGUCAGCCACAGCCCACCCAGCCUCUCCCCACUGUGACACCCCGGCGGCCAGGCAGACCAGACCACCGACCACCCCGGCCCCCACAGCCACCACCUCCGGGUGGGAAGCCAGAGAGACCCCCAAAACCAGGCCCCCCAGCCCAACCCCGAGCCACAGAUCGACCCGACCAAUAUGGCCCCAACAUUUGUGAUGGCAACUUUGACACGGUGGCCAUGCUUCGAGGGGAGAUGUUCGUGUUCAAGGGUCGCUGGUUCUGGCGAGUUCGGCACAACCGUGUCCUAGACAACUAUCCCAUGCCCAUUGGCCACUUCUGGCGUGGUCUGCCCAGUGACAUCAGUGCUGCAUAUGAGCGCCAAGAUGGGCGUUUUGUCUUUUUUAAAGGUGACCGCUACUGGCUCUUCCGAGAAGCCAACCUGGAGCCUGGCUACCCCCAGCCACUGACCAGCUAUGGCCUGGGUAUCCCAUAUGACCGCAUUGACACAGCUAUCUGGUGGGAGCCCACAGGUCACACCUUCUUCUUCCAAGAGGACAGGUACUGGCGCUUCAACGAGGAGACGCAGCAUGGAGACCCAGGCUACCCCAAGCCCAUCAGUGUCUGGCAGGGGAUCCCCGCCUCCCCAAAAGGUGCCUUCCUGAGCAACGAUGCAGCCUACACCUACUUCUAUAAGGGCACCAAAUACUGGAAAUUUGACAACGAGCGCCUGCGGAUGGAGCCCGGCUACCCCAAGUCCAUCCUCCGGGACUUCAUGGGCUGCCAGGAGCACGUGGAACCUGGACCCCGGUGGCCUGAUGUCGCCCGUCCACCCUUCAACCCCGACGGGGGUGCAGAACCUGGGGCAGAUGGUGACAGCACAGACAUUGAUGUCGGUGGCGGGGUCGACGAGGACAGGGACAAGGACAAGGAUGGGGGCAGCCGUGUGGUGGUGCAGAUGGAGGAGGUGGCACGGACAAUGAACGUAGUCAUGGUGCUCGUUCCCCUGCUGCUGCUGCUGUGCGUGCUGGGCCUGGCCUACGCGGUGGUGCAGAUGCAGCGCAAGGGUGCGCCCCGCAUGCUGCUCUACUGCAAGCGCUCCUUGCAGGAGUGGGUCUGACCCCGCCCGCACCCACUGCUCCUCCUCCUCACCUGGUGCUCAGGGUGGUGGCAGGGGCUCCCUCAGCCCUGGGGCCCCUCCCGGCCGCACACCUCCCCUUCUCAGCUCUGCCCUUCUUGUUUAUUUAUGCCCAGGUAUCUUUUUUCUUUCUGGCACCUUAACUGAGCAUUUGUUUCUGCUUUUCUGACCAGAGCAGGGGUGCUGCUUAGAGUUUUCUAAAUGUGGUUCUGCUCUAGACAGGGAAUCACCUGUGGCUUGGCCACAGCCGGAGGAAGAAGGACAGAGACCCACCUCUGAAGAUGCACAGGACUGUGCAGCUUCUUCUGGUCUGGCCCCACCUCAGCCUGAGCCGCAGGGCAUAACAGUGUCUGUGUUUGCCUUGAAGGGGCUGAUCUGGGACUCCAUCCUCCCAGGUCUCCCUUAGGAAGUGUCUGUCACCCAGGGGCCACCCCUAGCCAGAGAACGGUCUACUGGCCUCUGAGUUGCCUUGAGGUUUGGUUCCAUCCUGGUCCCACUAAGAGAUUCCAGCAACCUUGGUCCCUGUGCCAGUGAACCCAUGCCCACCCUGGCCAGCUGCAAAUCCCACACACCUCUGGGCCAUGCCUCCUUCUGUUUCUGGAGAAGGGGCCCUGGCCUGCCUGACCAAGGACCAAAGGGAGCCUACAGAGGCCUCCCCAAUGACAGUUCUGACUGUGCCACAACCAGACUUCCUUCUCAGCUGUGACCAGCUGUUCCUUUCCUGGGCCUCAUUCCACCCACUCCCACUCACACCGCCCACCUGGGGGUCUUAGACCGUCCCCCUUCCUCUGGCUUCUACUGCCGUUGUCUGGACCCUUGGGGCUGGUCAGUGUCCACACUGUCCACAGACAGGUGCCCAUGUACCAUGCAUGAGGGCUUCCUCCCCCCCAGUUCCCAAUCCCUGCCAGGGACACUUGUGGAAAGAGGCCAACAGCUCAUGCCUCACACAGACUGUGGAACCCCAAAGAAGUCCACUGUGAUCCUGAGUGCCAGUGGCUCACGCUCAUAAUCCUAGCCACUCAGAAGGCAGAGAUCAAGUGAAUUGCAGUUCGAAGCCAGCUGGGGCAAAUAGUUCACAAGACCC